AUGGAGACUGAUAACACAUCUAAACCGAUUUUCAACAGUGAAAUAAUUAGCUCUGAAGACUUAGAAGUUGUUCAUAUAUCAGAUGAGUCAGACCCCACUAUGCAUACUCUUUGCAACGACACUAUUGCUGCUGAUAAUAAAGGCAUACAAGAUAGAACUGGGUUCAACCAGAAGGCUGGGAUAAAUGCUACAAACAAAGUCAUUGAGCCAAAAGCUGAUCAACAAAUGGAAAAAAAGUUCUCAAAUGCAACAGUUAAUAUUGUGUCCUUAACUGAGAUUUUCACUAGUAAUCAAAUAAAAGAACACAUUAUGAGUCUGGGAAAGCAAUUUAUUCAGAAUACGUCUGAGGAAGAAACAGGAAUGGAUGCUAACGCAUGCCAUUUAUGUUCAAUGCAAAAGCUAUUUUUUGAACCAGUGCCAAUUUAUUGUUUCUGUUGCGACAUCCGCAUCAAGCAAAAUGCAUACUAUUAUUAUAAAAAAGCAGAAGAGUUUGAUACACAGAAUUGCUUUUGCAACUUGUGCUAUAAGAAUUCUCGAAGCGGGCACAUCACAUUCAAUGGGGUAUCUGUUUCCAAGACAUUUCUUGAUAGAAGGAAAAAUGAUGAAGUUAUUGAAGAAGCGUGGGUACAAUGUGAUAAAUGCCAAAGAUGGCAACAUCAAAUAUGUGCACUCUUUAACAAUAAAAGAGAGUUGGAUUGCGGAGCUGACUACAUAUGUCCUAUACGCCGCUUAAAGGACAUUGAAAAUGGAAUGCAUGUACCCUUACCAAAGACUGCUAUUUUUUGUGCCAAGGACUUGCCAAGCACCGUGCUCAGCGAGCACCUUGAGAAAAGACUUUUUAGUCGUCUCAUGCAAGAGAGAGAAGACAGGGCAAAAGUUGAAGGGAAUGAAAAUUUUGAUGAGGUUUUAGCAGCAGAAAAUCUAACUGUUAGAGUAGUAUUAUCUGUUGACAAACAAUUGAAAGUGAAGAACGAGUUUCGGGACAUCUUUUUGGAGGAAAACUAUUCUAUUGAGUUCCCUUAUAGAUCAAGAGUUAUUCUUUUGUUUCAGCAUAUUGAAGUAGUGGAUGUAUGCCUUUUUGGAAUGUAUGUCCAGGAGCUUGGAUCGGAAUGCGGCAACCCUAAUCAGGGUUGUGUAUAUAUUUCAUAUCUUGAUUCUGUUAAGUAUUUUAGGCUUGAAAGGGCGGCUAUGAGUGGAGAAGCUCUUCGAACCUUCGUUUACCAUGAGUUAUUGGUAUGUUGCUGCUGAUAAUAAGAGCAUACAAGAUAGAACUGGGUUCAACCAGGAGACUGGGAU